AUGCUGCGCUCGUUGGCUGCUUCCAGCUCGGCCGUGCGCCUCUCCCCUCGCGGCGGUAUGGCUGCUCGCCUUCCCGCCACUUCUGCUUCGUUCGCCACCUCUGCUUUGCAGCGCCAGGCUACCCCCGCACCUGCUCCACCCAAGAUGGUCAAGCUUACCAUUAAUGGCAAGGAGAUCGAGGUCGAGCAGGGCACCGCUCUCAUCCAGGCUUGCGAGAAAGCUGGUGCGCAGAUUCCUCGUUUCUGUUAUCACGAGCGUCUCAUGGUUGCGGGUAACUGUCGAAUGUGCCUUGUCGAGUCCAAGGGUGCCCCCAAGCCUCUUGCCUCGUGCGCCUUCCCUGCUAUGCCCGGCCAGCAGAUCUUCACCGACACUCCUCUUGUGGCCAAGGCCCGCGAGGGUGUGAUGGAGUUCCUCCUCGCCAAUCACCCGUUGGAUUGUCCUAUUUGCGAUUGGGGUGGAGAGUGCGAUCUGCAGGACCAGUCGAUGCGUUACGGUUCGGACCGAUCGAGAUUCCACGAGAUCAAGGGCAAGCGAGCUGUCGAAGACAAGAACCUCGGUCCCCUGGUCAAGACCGUCAUGACGCGUUGCAUUCAGUGCACGCGAUGUGUCCGAUAUGCUAAUGACGUCGCCGGUGUCCAGGACAUGGGCACCACCGGUCGUGGUAAUGAUCUUCAAAUUGGCACGUACAUCGAAAAGACCAUGAACUCCGAGAUGUCUGGCAACAUUAUCGACCUGUGCCCCGUCGGAGCGCUCACCUCGAAGCCCUACGCUUUCCAUGCCCGUCCUUGGGAGCUCAAGAAGACUGAGUCGGUCGAUGUCCUGGAUGCGGUCGGAUCCAACAUCCGCGUCGACUCGCGUGGUGUCCAGGUUAUGCGUAUCCUGCCUCGCACCAAUGACGAUGUCAACGAAGAGUGGAUCAACGACAAGACUCGAUUCGCCAACGACGGUCUCAAGUACCAGCGUCUCACCACGCCUCUUAUCAAGCAGGGUGACCGCUUCGUGCCCGCGUCGUGGCCCGAGGCGCUUGCCACCAUCGCUGAGGGUCUCGCUUCCUCUGGUGCCAAGGGUGACGAGAUCAAGGCUGUUGCCGGCUCGCUCGCCGACGUAGAGUCGAUGGUUGUGCUAAAGGACCUCAUCAACAAGCUUGGCUCGGACAACCUUGCCACCGACCAGGUGAACGGCGACCAGGCUCCUAUUCACGGCGCUGACUUCCGAUCCAACUACACUUUCAACACCACCAUUCCUGGUAUUGAGGAGGCCGACGUGCUGCUGCUCGUCGGCACUAAUCCUCGUCACGAGGCUGCGAUUGUUAACACGCGUAUCCGCAAGGCUUACUUGCACCGUGACCUCGAUGUUGGCCUGAUUGGCGAAAAGGUUGAUCUCACCUACGAAUAUGACCAUAUUGGCACGGACGCCAAGGCGGUCCAGGAUCUGGUUUCGGGUAAGGGAGCCUUUGCCAAGAAGUUCAAGCAGGCCAAGAAGCCCAUGAUCGUGGUUGGCAGCGCGGUUGCCGAGCACCCUGAUGGCAAGGCAAUCCUGGGCAACUUGGCCGAGCUGGUCAAGGCCAACAAAGACAAGCUGCUCAACGGCGAGUGGAAUGGGUACAACGUGCUUCAGCGACAAGCGUCGCGCACUGGUGCGCUCGACAUUGGCUUUAUUCCCUCGCCCGCUGCUGCCAAGACGAAACCCAAGUUUAUCUACCUGCUCAACGCCGACGAUAUCACGCCCGAGACGAUCCCACGCGAUGCGUUCGUAGUUUACCAGGGCCACCAUGGUGAUGUUGGAGCUCAGUUCGCCGACGUCUGCCUGCCUGGAUCUGCCUAUACCGAGAAGGCUACCACAUAUGUCAACACUGAGGGUCGAACACAGGUGACGCGAGCGGCGGUACCACCACCGGGAGCGGCACGCGAGGACUGGAAGGUCGUACGUGCACUUUCCGAGGUGAUGGGAGCGACGUUGCCGUACAGCGAUAUCCUGGAUGUGCGAGACCGCAUGUUUGAGAUCUCGCCUACGCUGGUGCGAUACGAGGUGGCAGAGCCAUCGACGACAUCGGCGCCGUUGGCGGUUGAGGAGCUUGCCAAGCUCGCUUCGUCGUCGGUAUCAGGUACACCCCUGUUGAGACCGAUCCAGAACUUCUACCAGACCGACCCUAUUUCGCGCGCAUCACCAACCAUGGCCAAGUGUACUGCUGCUUUCGUCGAGGGAUUGCCCAUGGACAAAGUAGAUGGCAAGGCGACGUUGGCCGCCUUUAACUAA